GUCUAUCUAGAGAUUGACCAGAGUAUAUUCCCGAGAGGCUCGCAUCACUGGGUGGAGGGGCGAAGGCUGUGAGUUGUAACAGUGUGUUGUCCUUGUGUGGUGCCUUAAAAGUCCUCUGUCUUGCAGCUUGGAGUGCCGGCGAUGUGCAGUAAUUGGGAAUGGUUACCGGCUGAGAAACAGCUCCAUCGGAGAAGUCAUUAACAAAUACGAUAUUGUGAUCAGGCUGAACAAUGCGCCGGUCCGCGGUUACGAGCGUGACGUGGGCACCAAAACCACCAUGCGUCUUUUCUACCCCGAGUCAGCCCACUUCAAUCCUCAGACCGACAACAACCCGAACACGUUGUUUGUCUUAGUGGCGUUCAAACCCAUGGAUUUUUUGUGGAUGGAGACCAUUCUCCAUGACAAGAAGAGAAUUCGGAAGGGUUUCUGGAAACAGCCUCCUAUCAUUUGGAAUGCAAAUCCCAAGCAAGUACGGAUUCUGAACCCGUAUUUUAUGGAGGUUGCAGCUGCUAAAGUGCUUAAGCUCCCAAUGAAACACUUGUGGAAGCUUAGAGAGUCUUCAGGGCACAAUGUCUCCCACGAGGCAUUAGCAAUAAAACAGAUGCUUGAAUUGGGAGUUGUCAAGAACCUCACUUACUUCUGACGUAAGAGGGACAGCCGUUACGUUCACAUCGAGCAGGACAAGGCCCUCUGUGGCUGGCCCUUUCUAACACGUCGCCGUCCCUUCCACUCCAAUGCUGACUGCUGGUGCAGAGGCCUCGCAGUUCCCCGCAAAUGGGGAUCAGGCUGGAUGGAAGCGUACGGCUUCUAAGCGUGUUGGCAGCUAGGAGUAAGAAGCAUCGCUGUAGAGAACCUGGGUGACACCAUCCGUUGGAAGCAGGAGUUUUCCUUCCUUCUGGGGCACUGCCCUCCACGGAAUCUUCUUCGCUUGGGCGGUGGCAGAAUUUCCUUUGGCAUCCAACCGAGAGGUCCCUGCGUUCACCAGAGGCUCCUUUGGAAGGUCAAAGCUAGGAUUGCCGUUGAUGGGCCUCAAAGAAGAUACCAACACAGUUUCCCACAGUGAUAAAGUGAUCGUCCCAUAAAGUGGUUUCAUUAAUCAUUUCUCCCUUCCUCUGCAAGCCAGUAGAGGGGGGUGGUUGUUUAUUAUUUAAUUUAUCAUAUUGGAUGUUGCCUAAUGGGCAAGAGGCAACCGAAUGAAGGAUUAUAUAGCUGCCUGCCACCCUGUUUCCCCGUUUAGAUGAAGACGAGACAAAGAAUGUUGGUUCAAGUCCCCCGGGAAAUUCAUCUCUUACAGAACAUGAUGAAGGAUGGUAGAGGAGAUAGUGAAGUUUAUUCCUCUCCCAUCUGAUUGGUUGGUUUUUAGAGACUACGAUGGAAAGGAGAAUACCCGACAGUAUUUGCCGAUAGUUUUUAUACCUAAAACAGUAGAGUUGAACGGAUGUUUUAUUAUUAUUAUUAUUUUUUCUGGGCAAAGUGUGGAAAAGAAAAAAUCCUUCUGUGAAGGACGUGCGUGUUGCCCGACUAAGCGCAUCUCUGAUCUUAAAUGUAAUGGAUGGGGGGGGGGGGGUAGAUAUCUUUCCUUCCCAUCAAGUGGGGAUGACAGCCAGAAUCGACCGACGAUGCGAAAGGGCUAUCCUGCUAUCCAAAGUUAAAGCAGGAAAGGAAAGGCAAAGAAAGGUAAGAGAAGAAGGAAAAGGGGGGCAUCUCCAUAUGGAGAAGGAAAUGGGCAAAACCCGGAGCUGCACAGCAAUUUUGCCUGACUGUCCCACGGUUAGGAAGGAGAAGGAGGUUGUCAUCAAAGGUUGGCUAAUCUCAAGGCCCUCAAAAGGUUGUUUUGAAGGAAGUUGCCUUUUCAUAGAGGCAGGAGAGGGCAAGGGAGUCCAGGCAUUUCAGAUGUGCCAGUCUGGUUAGGAUUGGGGGGGCGUAUUCUCUUCUUCCCCUUUAAUCUCCAACGCGGGGGUCAAAAAGUGUAUUUACAGCUGUUAACAUUAAGUGCACUUGUCCGAUUGGUAUAUUGGAAACCUGGCAAUCUUCUGUUUCUCCCCCGGGAGGGGAACCCGACCACGUCAAGGUACAAGACCACGAGACCAACUCGCCGUUAUACCACCUCCAUGUACUUGUGCAGCCAAACGUGCCUUAGCCAUCUUCACAAGUGCCCGGCUUUUGAGAGGGGGUGGGGGGGCUGCUGGUGAUGCAAACUCCAGCGGCUGAGGCCAUCUGAUCCAUUGCUAAGAAGAUGGAUUGCUCCGAAGGGCU